AUGAAUUCUAAAAUUAAAGGUAUAACGGAUGAUAUAACAUCAAUUCCACCAGAAGAACAAAGAUAUUACGCAUUAAAUGCAUUUCCUAAAGUUUUGAAGAUUGGAAGAUUUAAUUUAAAUGAGGAAUUCAUAGAAGGUUUCCUAAAUGACAUAAUGAAGAAGGCAGAUAAGGAAUAUGUGGAUAGUGAGUUAGAGAAGAAAGCGGAUAAGGACUGUGUGGCUAGUGAGUUAGAGAAGAAAGCGGAUAAGGAAUAUGUUAAUGAAAAAGAUAAUGAAAUUAAAGAAAGGGUUGAAUGGUAUCAUGAACGGACAUCAAAGAUUUUAAAAACUAAAGCUGAUACAGGAUGGGUUUCGGGAUGUUUAGACCUUAAAGCGGAUAAAACAUAUGUGGCUAGUGAGUUAGAGAAGAAAGCGGAUAAGGAAUAUGUUAAUGAAGAAAUAAAACAAUCAGAGGUCUAUUUUACUCCACCAUUUUUAAAUUUUAUGAAAUCAUCAGAUAAAACCUUUGAUAUAGAUUCUUUUGAAUGGAUAUGUUUCGAUGGAGUGACCAUGUAUUUAUUUUAUACAGCUGGAGUGCUUUAUUAUUUUAAAACAAAUGAUUUUAAAAACUAUAAAUCAUUUACUCCAUCUGUUUUGAAUCCUGAUACACGAAAGCCAAUCAUUAAUCCAAGAAUUUUAUAUGUUGAAUAUAAUAACAGCAAAUUUAUGGGAAUGAUAACGGUUGGAGAUGAUUUUUACCCUUGUUAUUCAUUCGAUUGUAUCCAAUGGUUCAAAUGUAAUUUAAAUCAAGAUGCUAAAUUUAAAUAUCCAAAUAAUCCUAUUAGAUGUGUUAAUAAUAAAUGGGUACUCAUUUAUGAAGUCAAUCAAAUUUUCAUUAGUGAGGAUGGGAUAAAUUAUUAUAUGUUUAGUAUGAUGUCAUCAGAUUUGAAAAUUGAUUAUACAAGUAAGUGGUAUUACAUUAACAACAUGUAUUUUAUCCUACAAAAUGAUAAAAUUUAUAGAUCAUCUUCAAUAUCACAAGGUCAAUUUGAACAAAUUUUUCAAGCUGAUGGAGACAUCGAAGCUUUAUGUUAUGGAUCAAAUGUUUAUGUUCUCGUUUCAGGUGAAAUGGUCUAUUCAUAUCCUGUAAGUUAUAACAGACAUAUUUAUUUAUCACGGGAUUUAUCAAAUUGGGAAU